AUGGCAGCGAGGGAAGGAUCGGUGUGCUUGUGUGGGGGGAGGCGGUCACAUGAUGCGGAAACUGUCUUUGCGGGUGGCAGCGAGUGCCCCAACAGUCCUCCCAUUGACGAUUUUACUCACGUCUUGAGGUCCGCUCACGUCAAUUUUGGUCAUGUGAGUCCUGGAGCGUCCUCCAUCACGGCGUCUGGGACGGUGAGGGAGCAGCCCUCGCCAAUUGUUGAGCGUAUCACGCAGGGUCUAUUGGCCUCCAGCCUGGGCUGCGCAAGAUGUGCGCAGAUUGACGGCAUUCGUGAAUCCCUGAAGUGUGUGGAGGCGUCGUACCUGGGUGAGAUUGCACAGCUGAGGCGAAUGGUUGGGCAGAUCGACGGGGAGCGUAUGGAUGCGGUAAACCGAAUGGAGCAGACACUUUUAACGUUUGAACGCGGUAGGCAACAGAGUUUGUCUAAGGAUUGCGAGAUCCAGUCGCUUAUUGGUCAGCUACAACAGAUGGAAGAUAGGUCGCAACGCCUUGAAUACGAGUUAGAUUCAUUGCGUCAGCUUUACAGGCGUGAAAUUGCGUUCUACCACCAACGAGAGAUGUUUCUUUUCCUGGAGAAUGAGCGAUGCGCUAGGGCGGCAUUAUCAUCCACAGAGGAUGGCUGGCGGUCUGCACUGGAAACAAGGCACUUGAGUGUUGUGGAGGUAGACGGAAAGAUUCACCGUUCCUACCCACAUCAGAAUUUUUUGUUUUUGGAUUUCUCCAAAGAAAAUGAAGGAGGAUCUUCCAUGCGCGGUGGCCUUUCGCCUGGCUUGGUCCGGUCUCUCCCGCCCUCUAUUACCCGAGAUGCUAGGAAAAAUCGAAAUGGAGGUGGUGGGAGCAAAGCUUCUGACAUAAAAGGAGGGCUUUUGACGGAGCUUUGGCAGUCCAAGAGGACGUUGAAUGAACUCAAUGAGAAGUUGCAGCGUGAGCUGAGGGCUAGAGAGGAUCAAAUUUCAACUCUACGUCAACAGCUCUCUGUCCGAGAAGAAAGUCUUGUGCAGUCAUCCGAAGAACGUGCGGAAGAAGACAAUCUCAAAAGGGAAAUGCAGGAGGAGAUUGACGACAUGCUCCGUACUGAAUUUUUUCUUACACAAACGUGUGAGCGACACCGUUUGGAGACAGAAGCAAUGGAAGGACGUGCUCAUUUGUUGCAGUGGCUGCUGCAGCGACAUGUUUUAUUUUCGCAAGAAAGAAACCUCAUGUUUCUUGAAAGGACACCAGAAAAACAGGGUUUAACGGAAAAGGUUUGGACGCCAGGGACACUACCUUUUUUCAUUUCUUCCAAUGACGAUGUUAAACCGGACGUAUACGUCAACAGGAGUAAGUAUAGCCUGUCUUGUCAGCAGCAGCAGCAGCAGCAGCAGCAGCAGCCUGAUGAAUUAUAUGCUGUUGUUUCCCAAGCGGUCUCGGAGACGCUGCAGAGUGUUCUCACCCAUCAACCUUUUCUGAUAAAACGGACUGCGGAGGCUAUUUGCGCGACUGAGGACGAGCUACACAAAAACAGCAAUAAUUUUGUACAAAAAAUGCAUUACGAUGAGGACGACAACGUAAUAAAUGCCGCAGGAAUAAAUGCGUCUCACGAGAAACUCCUUGGCGAUGUUCGACGUGUUUUGCAAGAGUUUUGCGCGGCAAAUCCACCGCAAGAAAUCGUUGACCUCAGUCCAGUUAUAGAUGCCCUAAAAAAAGUAGCAAGGCUGACAUCGCACAACGCCAAGGUCAUGGAUGACAAGCUGAACGAUAUGCUUAUUUUGCAGUCUGCAGUGGCCCGAGAGCUUGCGUUGCUAACCACACCAUCUGCUGGGAGGCGAGUUGAUGAGUCACCGUCUUCGAACGUCUCCGCUACUGCCUCACUGUCCAUAGUGGACGCCGGGGUCGCAGGUGCGAACAACAAAGCUUCACCAAUUUCUAGACGGGCUCACCCGAAGCCACUGAACUUAGAUAAAUCACCAGCGGGGAGAGGCGAGGGUAACGCGCCAGUUAUUUUACAGGCGAAGCCAUCUCAUGAGUGGGACGUGGCAGAAUCCGAUGAUGAAUCGAUUCCUCCAAUACCUGUUUUUUCUUCCUUACGGAAGACGCCGUACGAUGCGGACGAGUUGUGA